AUGACCAAAGAAGAGACUGGAGUCACCGAGGUGGCCCAUAUCCCCGUCGUCGCGGAGGGAACGGGCAAGACGGCUGAGAAUGCGGGUGCAAAGCAGAAGGAGGUGUACAAUGCCGAGCUCUAUGCUGCGAUCCAGGAGUCCAACAUUCAGCGCUGGUCACGAUCUUCUAUGCACCUGUACUACUGCGUUUUCGUUGCUUUCUGCUGUGCCUGCGCCAAUGGAUACGAUGGCUCGCUUAUCGGUUCCAUCACGGUGAUGCCGCACUUCAAGGAAACCAUGCACAGUCAGAACUCUGGCUGGCAGGUCUCGGUCGUCUCCUCGCUCUACAGGCUAACCCAGAUUAGUGGCUCAAUUAUCACCACUCCCUUCGCCGCCCUCGUCAGCGAUCGCUGGGGUCGUAAAGCCGGCAUGGUCGCCGGCUCGAUCGGUAUUAUCCUCGGAUCCAUCAUCGCCUCAAGCUCUUUCAGCUUGGCCCAGGUGACGGUCGGCCGUCUGGUACUUGGCUCCGGUAUCCAAUUCAUGACCGUUUCCGCGCCCGCAUACUCGAUGGAAAUUGCGCCCCCGCAAUGGCGUGGUCGAUGCACCGGGUUCUACAACUGUGGCUGGUUCGGAGGUUCGAUCCCCGCGGCCCUGGUGUGCUUCGGGUGCCAAUACAUCAACAACAACUGGUCGUGGCGAAUUCCGUUCAUCUGCCAGUGCUUUGCUUGCUUCAUCGUUCUGGCCUCCGUUUGGUUCAUCCCCGAGUCCCCUCGAUGGCUGUUCGCGCACGGCCGCCAGGAAGAGGCUAUCGCCUUCCUCGUCAAGUAUCACGGCAACGGAAACACGAGCUCCCGCCUGGUGCAGCUGGAGAUUGAGGAAAUCCAGGAGAGCAUUCGACAGGAGGAGCAAGACAAGGAGAUUGCAUGGUGGGAUUUCCGCUGCUUGUUCGACACGCACGAGGGUCGCUGGCGCUCCUCCCAGGUGCUCAUGAUGGGUGUCUUUGGCCAGUUCUCCGGUAACGGACUGGGAUACUUCAACGCAGAGAUCUUUGACGAGCUGGGUAUCAAGUCCACCGCUCAGCAGCUCGGCUACAACGUUCUCAACUCCGUCCUGUCGGCUAUUGGUGCAGGUACAGCCGUAACUCUGACCGAUCGGAUGCCGCGUCGUAAAGUCCUGGUCUACGGUACAUUCACGUGCGCGUUGGUCCUGGCAAUCAACGGCGCUUGCAACCACGUCUUCGGUCAGGACGAGAACAACAAGUCGGCCGCCAACGCUGCCCUGGCCUUCUACUUCCUCUUCAACGUCGUGAACUCGUUCUCCUACACCCCGCUACAGGGUGUGGUGCCUGUCGAGGCGCUCGACACCAAGCGUCGCGCCAAGGGUCUGGCUUUCUACGGCUUCCUGACCGGCUGCCUGGGCUUCAUCAACACCUUCUGUACCCCUAUUGCCAACUCGACCAUUGGCCUCAACUACAUUUGGGUCUUUGUUGGCUGGGAUUGCGUUGAAGCCGUGCUGUGGUACUUCUUCUGUGUCGAAGCACAGGGCCGUACUCUCGAGGAGCUCGAGUGGGUGUACAAACAGCCCCACCCCGUCAAGGCCUCGCAGCAUGUCGACCGCAUCGUCCAGCAGGCCGACGGUACCGUCACGGAGAAGAUUGUCGAGCACGAGUAG